UCUGUUCUCACUUCCCAUUUCCAGGCACCUACCUUUAAUUAACAGCACCUUUUUUCUCCCUUCUCACUUCUCAGUCUUUCACCUCACUAUACUACAUAAAACAAAACAAAAACAUCUGAACCUUUGAAGAAUUAAUUCCAUAUUUCUCAACACCAUCAUCAUAAUUUCAAACCAUUUUUGAUUUUACAUUUAUUAGCUCAUUUCUCCAAGAACAAAAACUAGAUUUUAGUCUUUAGACCAAAAAAGGUGAAACUUUUUUAUUUUUUUAAUACUAUUUAGUGGGUUUAAGCUAACAAUCUGAAAUGGGGGAAGGAGAUAAUUGGAGAUGGCAACCAAGUGGGUCCCCUACAAUGGAUUUAGAGAGAUCAGAUGUGCAUUGGAGUCAUUUUGAUGGUUCAGUAAAUGCAGUUUCAUUUGGGUUUGUUGCAACUGCUGUUCUUAUUUCAAUGUUCCUUGUUAUGGCCAUUUUUGAGAGGUUUCUUAGACCUAAUUCACCUGAAAUUUCAACUUCUACUCAUCAAGAUAUUGAAUCCCAAAUGGGUUUUUAUCCAAAAUUUGGUUACCCUUCUCCCAAGAUGACCGUCUACUCGCAAGAGCUCCCCGUGCUGAUGCCUGGAGAAGACAUUCCGACCUUCAUUGCUCAUCCAGUUCCUCUACCGUGUCCUGCUGACCGUAUCCAAUGGCCACCCGGUAAGUUCAAAAUACCGCCAAAUACACCUCAAAGCGCUAGUAGAAGUAUGCGGCAUUUCAUGUAAGAGAUCGAAUAGAACGUAACAUGUUGAUGCAAGAGCUCACUCAAAAACAUACUUUUUAUUGCUUAAAUAUGAAGAUUUGGGUUUUUUUAGCCAUUUGUACAUAGAGCAUUUAGCUCCUUUGGGCAAACUCGCCUCAUCGCUGCGAGAAUGGAGGGAUUAGAAUUACUGGUAGUACGAUACUCGAUCAAGUUCGUAGGAAUGGAUGCGAUUGCAAAUCAGAUUGAAAUCCCUUGUAAAAAAAAUAUUGGAAUAUGUAAUUGAAUAUUGUGAGCACAGAUUAAAGAUCAAAUCCCUAAGUGUUCGUCACAUUGACUUCUAAAGUCAUAUCA